UAAUCUUCACAUUUGUUUUUCUCGGAGCUUCGUUGCGCCGGUGGAGCCUCGUUUCAACACAUUUCUAUUAAAAAAUUAAGUUAUUAUUAAUUAAUGAAUUGUUGAAUUAAAAAUGUUGACAAUAUUCUCAAGAACACUACAGAAACCCUGUCUUCAACGGUAUGCUGCCACAAAUGCCGCUGUGAAUGCACGGCCCAAGAGCAAAAGCAAGGAAACACGACAAGCGAUUAUACAAUGUAAACGACCGAACUUCAACUUGUAUGUUCCUCAAGAUGGCCAGUGUAAGUUUGGGACAAUACCCUUGGCUUCAUCCGGAUGGUUGCACAAGAAAUCUAAAGGUGAUUGGUUUACCAUAAAUGCCACAGUUACGGAAGAAGAGAAAUCCAAAGAAAUGCAAGACCUACAUGCAUUUCUGACCACAACACAGUUGCCUAUGGCGGAUCAAUUGUUGGAAAAUUUAAAACAAGAAUUAGAUAUUAAACAGUUGACCUCCAUACAAUGCCAAGGAUGGCCUAAAAUCUACGAUUAUCAUCAUACAUUGAUAGCCGCGGAGACGGGAUGUGGGAAAACGCUGUGCUACCUAACACCUAUUAUACAAAGAAUAGCCGAACGUAAGCAAUCUGCAGCGAAUCAACGGAAAAUGAAUUCUCCACUUUGUAUAAUUUUAACCCCUGGCCGAGAAUUGGCUGCCCAGAUUGGUAAUGUGGCUAAAGACCUAUGCACAGAUAUGGAUGUGCGAGUAAAAACCAUUUUAGGUGGCAAUACAAAGAGACUAAUGAUGAAUCCGGAGUUUGAUGAUGUUGAUAUUGUGGUGGCUUCUGUGGGUGCCUUGAGUAAAUUGGUUACAACCGGUAUUUAUCGUAUGGAUCAUGUGCGUCAUGUUGUUUUGGAUGAGGCGGACACAUUACUCGACGAUAGUUUCUCCGAUAAAUUGGUGCAUUUUAUGAAAAGAUUUCCAUUUCAUAAAAACCGUUCCCAAACUGAUACUGAAGUGGGUACCCAAUUGGUUUUGGCUUCCGCAACAAUGCCAACAAAUAUCAGCGAACUGUUACAUCGUGUGAUAGAUGUGCAAACAAUUGAAGAGGUUAGCAGCGAAAAUUUGCACAAACUAAUGCCUCAUGUGGAGCAGAAAUUUUUACGUGUCAACAAGGCGGACAGACCUGCCCAUCUCUUGAGUAUUGUCAAGAAAGAGGUAGCUCUGCGAAGGCCCAUUAUAAUAUUCUCCAACAAAACUCCCACCUGCGAUUAUGUCUCAAUAUUCCUUAAUAAUAGUGGUGUUAAUUGUCUAAAUCUCAACGGUGAUAUGUUAAUGAAAAUUCGCAUGGGACGUUUUGAACAAUUCCAAAAUGCCGAAUGUGAUGUUCUCUCUACGACGGAUGUUGGUAGUCGUGGUUUAGACACGACACGUGCCCGAAAUGUUAUAAAUUUUGAUUUUCCCCUCCAUAUUUCUGAUUAUAUACAUCGCAGUGGACGUAUUGGUCGUGUUGGAAAUAUGGAACGUUGUACGGUAACAAAUCUGAUUUCAUCAAGACGGGAAAUCGAUGUAGUUCAACGUAUUGAACAUGCAGCCAGAUGUGGCGGUCUGUUGCCCGAUGUCAAUGCGAAUAUUAAAAAUAUUAUUAAUAAGAAAAUAAUGAAGGACAUGCAAGAUGCUGGUAUACCAUUGCCAACACCAUUGAAUGGACAGCAAGAUGAAGCAUUUUGACCGAAAUAAAUAGUUUUUUAUUGUUAUAUUAUUACAAGUGUAAUAAUAAAAUGUAUUUUAUAGUUAUUUAUAAAUCAUAUUUUGUUUUAUAAAUCCUUUUUUGUAAAUAUAAACAUGAAAUUAUACAAUGA